GAAUUGUCACAUUAACUGAUAGCAAAUAUUGCUAAAGUUAAAGUGAAUUGGAUUUUCUUCGAUGCCUUCCACUUAAGCCUAGAAAAUGCAAGAAUCUUUAAACAUGUACACCCUACGGUUGUGGACAUAUUAGCAAGUUAUUGCAAUGUCUCAAAUUCUAGUAGUACUGAAUCUUUACAUCUCAACCAAACGUAUACGUAGGUAAGAGACCUUCACCGCCUUCAGCUUUUCCAAUUGAAUUAGGAAUAGGAUACCUAGUUCUUUUUCAACACUAAUAAUCACGGAUCCCACAUCGACACUGAUUCUUCAAUAUCCAUCUUCCGAAGCUAUAUAAAUACCCAAAUGUCUUUCAUUCAAUUAGUAUCAACAACGUCGGCGAGCUACGGUUAGCUGGACGAUUCGGAAGCAUUGACACGAAGAUAUAUACAGCAAAGCACAAAUUUUCUUCAAUCUGGAGCAAUCCUAGGGUUUCUCUCACACUCGGAACCUCAGCUUACAGCUACUUUGCCGUUCUAAGAUUCGGUGAAAAUAAUGUCACAGAACGGAAAAUUAAUGCCGAAUCUGGACCAGAACAGCACCAAGCUCCUCAACUUGACCGUUCUUCAGCGUAUCGAUCCUUUCAUUGAAGAAAUUCUUAUCACUGCUGCUCAUGUUACCUUCUACGAAUUCAACAUCGAUAACAGCCAAUGGAGUCGAAAGGAUGUGGAAGGAUCUCUAUUUGUUGUCAAGAGGAGUUCUCAACCGCGGUUUCAGUUUAUUGUUAUGAACCGACGAAAUACAGAUAAUUUGGUGGAGGAUCUCCUGGGGGAUUUUGAGUAUGAGGUCCAGGUUCCAUAUUUGUUGUAUCGAAAUGCUUCCCAAGAAGUAAAUGGGAUAUGGUUUUAUAAUCAGCGUGAAUGUGAAGAAGUUGCAAAUCUCUUUGACAGGAUACUCGGUGCAUAUUCCAAGGUGCCUACCAAGUCAAAAGUACCACUGACAAAAAGUGAAUUUGAAGAGCUGGAAGCAGUUCCAACCAUGGCUGUAAUUGAUGGUCCUCUGGAGCCAUCGUCGUCUACUGCCUCAAAUGCUCCGCACCUCCCUGAGGAAAAUGCCUUUUUGAACUUCUUCAGUAAUGCUAUGACAAUUGGGAAUGCUCCGAGUACUACAGUUCCAGGGCAGCCAUACCACUCAUCUUCACCGGUCCUGCCUCCUCCUCGUCCUGCUGCUGCUGUUCCUCCCUCUUCAGCACCUGCCCUGAUUCCAUCUCCGACUCUUUCAACUUCUUCCCUUUUGAGGCCCCUCCUUGAUGCAUCUGAAUCAGACAGCAGUGCUAAAUGGUCUUCAAAUCUUGUGAAGCCAUCAUCAUUUUUUGGUCCUCCAACCGCCUCCUCUCUGCUGAUGCCUGCCGUUUCUUCAUCUGUGCCCACUGCUCCCCCACUGCUUCCGCUUGGGAAUCUCCAACGUCCUUAUGGAGCUCCUUUGCUUCAACCAUUUCCUCCGCCGAUUCCUCCUCCAUCUCUCACUCCUGCUUCUGCUCCUAACCCAAACUAUGGACCUGUUGUUAGCAGAGACAAAGUGUGGGAAGCACUUCUAAUGCUUGUUCAGGAUGACCAAUUCAUUGACAUGGUAUACCGGGCAGUGCUAAAUGCUCAUCAUUCAUAAUAUGAAGUGGAACUCUUCUAAUUCGUCUAAUGAAAUACAUUGUGUUUACUGGAGCGGAAAGAGGAUCAAGUGAUCAAGUGUAUAGGGGGGUUCCUUCUGUUUAUGGUGUCUGUGUGAGACCCGCUAUGUAUAGUUAUAGUUUUUUUUUUGUUUUUUUUUGUUUUUUUUUUGUUUUUUAUUUUUUAUUUUUUGCGUUAGUUUUUGGAGUUUAACCUCUCUGAUAUAUAGUUGUUUUCGUUUGUGGGUUUUACCUGUCUGGACACUCCAAUUUUGUUCCUUGUAAUACUAUUAGCGAGAAUCAUGUGAAUGUGCAAACUAUUCUUAUGAUGAU